AUGGCGACCCCCAAUCCACUUGCCGAUAACUCGUCGGACCCCACGCCUGUGUCAUCCAAAAGCUACACAAUUGCCGGCGUACAUACAACAGUGUACGGAAUCGACGAGCUUGCAUCGUCAGCAAAGGAAGUCGCAGUAUUAUGGCUUCUUCACCCUCGUCUGCAAGUCCAGUCUAUCAUGGCUCCUAUCGCAGCUGCCUCGAUUCACGACUGGAAUGGCCGAUCAGCUUCGAGGUCAAAGGGCCUCAUCGCCGUCUCUUUUGAUCAGCGUAACCACGGCACGCGAGAGGUUAAUGCUCUGGCAAAUGAGAGCUGGAAGAAGGGCAACCCUACGCAUGCUCAAGACAUGUUCUCCAUCUUCCACGGCACCGCGCAAGACACUUCGAUGCUGAUAGACUUCCUGUCCUCAUACGUCUUCCCCGACUCCUCAAGAAGCAUCACAAAGCACCUUGUCCUCGGCAUCUCACUUGGUGGCCACUCAACCUGGCAAUGCAUCUUGCACGACCCUCGCAUCACCACUGCAGUUGUCGUCAUUGGCUGUCCAGACUACAAGUUCCUGAUGGCGGACCGCGCAAAGAAGUCGAAACUCUCAACAUGGACAUCAUCAGAGGGCAAGGUCUUCCUCGGCUCGACAGACUAUCCCCAAGGCUUGUGCGAUGCCACCGACAGAUGGGACCCCAAGUCAUUCCUUGUGGGAGACAAGCUUCAACCAACCGACGACCAGAAAAAGACUUUGCGACCCCUGAUCAAGGAAAAGCUGGGAGGCAAGCACAUUUUGUGUCUGUCCGGCGGAAAGGACAAGCUCGUACCAUACACUUGCAGCGCCCCCUUCCUGGACUGGAUGAAGAGCGGACUUGACAAGAAGGACGGCUGGUUCAGUGACCAGGGCAUUGUGCUCGAGGACAUUGUGGAUGAGACUGCAGGCCAUGAGUACAGUGCGAAGAUGAAGGUCGAAGCCGUUAGGUUCAUUUCUGAAAACCUCGCUGGCGAGGGCAGCUUGAAGGCUGGCACCAGAACCUCCAAGAUUUGA